AUGGAGGAUAACAUCCAUAAGUAUGGUGGUUUUAUUAAUCAACGCUAUAUACCUGCACCUGCAGCUUAUCCUACUGUACAGUAUUCUGGAGAACCUACCGGACAGCCCCCGCCUCAAAUUCAAUAUGCUGCGCAGACUGUACAAGCGCCUGGCAUGACUCCGCAGGAAGUUGCGAUUGCAAGGAUUGACAAUUCCAUUGCAACCAUGGAGGAGCAACAGCUAACAAAUGAUCCUCGUUAUGCACAGAUGUUGCAGAUAAAGCAAAAGCUGACAGGUGUUCCGAUAACCUUUGAUGGGAACGUUAAACAAGAGGCAGUUGAGAAGCAAGUUCAUCACGGAAAUUCAUUCACUGCGGAACAGACGAAGCAGUUGAAAGCUCAGAUUGCGGUGUACAAGCAGUUGGUUCAUCAAGAGCCAAUCACGCCGAUGAUGAUUGCCGCAGCAGUCAACAACACGCCGAAUAAAGCUGUAACUUUGCUUCCUGAGCCAUAUGAGUUUCCUGCCGAAGGCGAAAACGGCGAAAGGUUCCCUUACGACUUGAUGCGCAUAUUAUCAAUACAUCAACAACGCGCUAACAGAACUUCUGCACUUCCGCUACCUCCUGGUGUUGACCCGGUGACGAUAAUGAAAGAGAGAGAACACAGAAUUCGAAGCAGAAUCUCUGCUCGAAUUGCUGUUCUGUCAAAUUUACCACCAGACAUAAGCAGUCAGCUUCGUACAAAGACUGAAAUAGAACUUCGUGCCCUUCGUUUAUUGAAUCUUCAAACCCAAAUGCGGUCGGAAAUUGUAAACCAGAUUAAAAGCUACACCACUUUGGAGACCGGUUUAAACCCGUGCGCUUAUCGUAGAACACGAAGACAGGCUCUAAGAGAAGCUAGGGAUGUUGACGAAUUGGAGAGGAAGCAGAAGGAGGAGGAAAAGAGGCGGCGGAAGCAAAAGCACACUGAAUUACUUCAGGCUAUUUUGCAACAUGGGAAGGAGUUCAAGGAGUAUCAUAGAAAUAAUUUGGUACAUAGGUCUCCUUCAGUUAAACUGAGUAAAGUAAGGAAAGCUGUUUUGACUUAUCAUGCGAACAAUGAGAAAGAGCGUAAAAAAGACGAAUUGAAAAAUGAGCGGAUGCGUAUGCAAAAGCUAAUGCAAGAAGAUGAAGAGGGUUAUAGACAGCUGUUGGAUGAGAAAAAGGACAAAAGGCUUGUGUUUUUAUUGCAACAGACUGAUGAAUAUGUUGAAAGUUUAACUGGUUUGGUUAAGCAACACCAGGCUACAGAAAAGAGGCGUAAGCGUCAAGAAAGAAGGGAACAGAGAGCCAAAGAAAAAUUGCAAGGAGAUUUGGGUGACGUCCGUCUUUAUAUUCGUGAAGUGGCCACGGGAGCCAUGCUUCCAGCUAGAGUCGAUUGUAAAGUUAAUUCUUAUUUGCGUAGAAAAGUUGUUUCACGUGAUGAAUGUGCAUCGGAAUCUGAAGAAUCUGAAGAGGAAAUCCUGGAUCCUGUUCCCCCAAAAAAAGAUGACGAAUUUGAAGGUCUUGAUGAGGAAGCUAGGAAUAGAAAAAUUAUCGAAAAGGCGCGUAAUGAAGAAGAUGAGUAUGACCAAAAAAAUCGAAGGCAGAUUGAGUCUUAUUAUGCUACAGCUCAUAAAAUCAAAGAAAAAGUUGUCACUCAACAUUCUACGAUGGGCGGUGGUGAUCCAAAUUUGCAGUUAAAGCCGUAUCAGGACGAGUGGUUGUUGGUGUAG